AAAUAAAGACGGGCGGGCGUUCAUUACACGCCACACCUCUAUUUGACGAAUUUAUCCUCCGACCAUCUUUAAAUAUUCCCGCCGGAAGGGCUAAACGAAAAAAGAUGGAUCCUGAUGCUUUAUCCAAGGCUUUCGUGGAGCACUACUACUCGACGUUCGAUGCGAAUCGAGCCGCGUUGGCGGGCCUGUACCAGGAGGCUUCAAUGCUCACUUUCGAGGGCCAGAAAAUCCAGGGGGCCCAAAAUAUUACCGACAAGCUCGCGGGCCUACCGUUCCAGCAAUGCCAGCACCAGAUCACGACCGUAGAUUGCCAGCCGUCGGGCCCCGCUGGUGGCAUGAUUGUGUUUGUCUCCGGUAAUCUCCUGCUUGCUGGCGAACAGCACCCCCUCAAGUUCAGCCAGAUGUUCCAUUUGAUGCCGACACCUCAGGGAAGCUUUUACGUGUUGAACGACCUCUUUCGCUUGAACUAUGCAUGAGGAUGUGGAUCGGAGACAUCUUUCGCUUGAAACAUCUGUUUGGAAAUGAAACCUAAAGCUUUUCUUUUUCUUUUUUAAAAUUGGCCCACUUGGUAGUUUGUAUUGCUUUUCAUUAUUAAAUAAUUGCUAAUAUGACUUCUUGUUCCUGAUUUGCCUGCUUUCCAGUCCCUUUGCUGUAUUCGUUUAAAAUUUACAGUGACCGUUGCCAUUAUUGGCUGGUGAGAA